GUCACGACUCCGACUCACGCCUCCCACCUCCCUCUCCCCAUCGACGACGAGCUCGUCCUAUCUGCCAUGGCUGGCCGUCCUGGUCCCCGCAGCCAGGAAGGCAUGUAUGUCUCCUCCUCUCCCAUUUCCGACCAGGACCCCUUCAGCAACGCCCAAGCGGCGGACGGACGCUACUACGAUAACGACUCGGACAACUACAACCGUCGAGACACGUACAUGUCGGACAGCAGCCAGAACGGUCUGAACGACGACGACCGAUACUAUGAUCACCAUGGCGCGUACGACCCGUAUGGCCCGCAACCCGAUACCGACUCGGAAGCGGAGGUGUAUGGCGCAAAGUACGCCCCCUCUGCAGAGUCGCUGGGCCCUCCACGGAUGGGGAUGUCAGAGGCAUCCACACCGACGUACAUCGAUUCCACCGGCGUAGCGGGUGCGAGAGAACCCUACCCAUCAUGGGGCUCCGAACGCCAGAUCCCGCUCUCCAAGGAGGAGAUUGAGGACAUUUUCCUCGAUCUCACGCAGAAGUUUGGGUUCCAGCGCGAAUCUAUGCGCAACAUGUUCGACUUCAUGAUGCAGCUACUCGACAGCCGUGCGUCGCGGAUGUCGCCGAAUCAAGCACUGCUCACGCUUCACGCGGAUUACAUCGGCGGGCAGCACGCGAACUACCGCAAGUGGUACUUCGCAGCGCAGCUGGACCUGGACGACGCCGUCGGUCAAACACAAAACCCUGGCCUGCAGCGUCUCAAGUCGGUGAAGAAGCGCGGUGGUGGGGGCCCGAAGAGCGCGUCGGAGAAGUCGCUGCAGAGUGCGAUGGAGCGAUGGCGGCAGGCGAUGCACAACAUGAGCCAGUACGACCGCGUGCGACAGAUCGCGCUCUGGCUGCUCUGCUGGGGUGAGGCGGCGCAGGUGCGGUUCGUGCCCGAGUGUUUGUGCUUCAUCUUCAAGUGUGCGGACGACUACUACCGGUCGGCCGAGUGCCAGAAUCGGAUGGACGCCGUGCCGGAGGGUCUCUACCUGCGGACGGUGGUAAAGCCUUUGUAUCGGUUCAUUCGUGACCAGGGAUACGAGGUCGUGGAUGGGAAGUUUGUGCGGAGGGAGCGGGAUCACGAUAGCAUCAUCGGAUAUGAUGAUGUGAACCAGCUUUUCUGGUAUCCCGAGGGCAUCGCGAGGAUUGCCUUGAACGACAAGACCCGCCUAGUGGACCUGCCGCCUGCUCAGCGGUUCAUGCAGUUUGAGCGGAUCGACUGGAACCGGGCGUUCUUCAAGACGUACUACGAGAAGCGCUCGUUCGGGCACCUGCUCGUGAACUUCAACCGGAUCUGGGUGAUUCACAUCGCCAUGUACUUCUUUUACACGGCGUACAACUCGCCAACGCUCUACAACGGAAACAACUCUGCGGCGAUGCGCUGGUCGGCCACCGCGCUCGGCGGCGCCGUCGCGAGCGCGAUCAUGAUUGCUGCGACGCUGGCCGAGUUCUCGUACAUCCCCACGACAUGGAACAACACCUCCCACCUUACACGGCGGCUCCUGUUCUUGCUAAUCACGCUGGCGCUCACCGGCGGUCCCACCAUCUACGUCGCGAUCGCGGAGAGCAACUCCCCCGGCGGCUCGUUGGCGCUGAUCCUCGGUAUUGUGCAGUUCUUCAUCUCGGUCGUCGCGACGCUCCUGUUCGCCAUCCUGCCUUCCGGGCGGAUGUUCGGCGACCGUGUGGCGGGCAAGUCUCGGAAGUACCUCGCGAGUCAGACGUUCACCGCGAGCUAUCCUGGGCUCUCACACACUGCCCGGCUGACCUCCAUUCUCGUCUGGGUGCUCAUUUUCGGCCUCAAGUUCACGGAAUCGUACUUCUUCCUCACGCUGUCGUUCCAGACGCCGAUCCAGGUCAUGGUCGGCAUGAAGAUCCAGAACUGUAACGACAGAUACUUCGGGACCGCACUGUGCAGGAACCAGGCGGCGUUUACGCUCACCAUCAUGUACCUCAUGGACUUGGUUCUCUUCUUUUUGGACACCUUCUUGUGGUGGAUCAUCUGGAAUACUGUCCUCAGUAUCGUGCGCUCGUUUGCCCUCGGGCUGUCGAUCUGGACACCGUGGAAGGACAUCUACACCCGGCUGCCCAAGCGGAUCUACGCGAAGCUUCUCGCUACGGCGGACAUGGAGACGAAGUACAAGCCAAAGGUGCUCGUCUCGCAGAUCUGGAACGCCAUUAUCAUCUCGAUGUACCGCGAGCACUUGCUCUCGAUCGACCACGUGCAGAAGCUACUCUACCACCAGGUCGACAUUGGCAACGAUGGCCGUCGCAGCCUCCGCGCCCCGCCCUUCUUCAUCUCCCAGAGUGACAAAGGCUUCAAGGGCGAGUUCUUCACCAAGGGUAGCGAAGCGGAACGCCGUAUCUCGUUCUUCGCGCAAUCGCUGACGACUGCGGUUCCUGAGCCCAUCCCAGUCGACGCUAUGCCGACGUUCACGGUCUUGACUCCUCACUACAGCGAGAAGAUCCUUCUAUCGCUGCGGGAAAUCAUCAGGGAAGAGGACCAGAACACGCGCGUCACGCUGCUCGAGUACCUCAAGCAGCUGCACCCGGUUGAGUGGGACAAUUUCGUCAAGGACACGAAGAUCCUCGCCGAGGAGUCCGCGAUGUACAACGGCACGAGUCCCUUCGGCACUGACGAGAAGGGCCAGUCCAAGGCCGACGACCUCCCCUUCUACUGCAUUGGUUUCAAGAGCGCGGCCCCCGAGUUCACGCUGCGCACGCGUAUCUGGGCCUCGCUCCGUGCGCAGACGCUCUACCGCACCGUGUCCGGCAUGAUGAACUAUGCCAAGGCCAUCAAGCUUCUCUACCGCGUGGAGAAUCCGGAAGUCGUCCAGCUCUUCGGUGGCAACACGGACAAGCUUGAGCGCGAGCUCGAGCGCAUGGCCCGCCGCAAGUUCAAGUUUGUCGUCUCGAUGCAGCGCUACUCGAAGUUCAACAGGGAGGAGCAGGAGAACGCCGAGUUCCUCCUGCGUGCGUACCCCGACUUGCAGAUCGCUUACCUGGAGGAAGAGGCGUCGCGCAAGGAGGGCGGCGAGGUCCGCCUCUUCUCCGCGCUCAUCGACGGUCACUCCGAGUUCAUCGCCGAUACUGGUCGCCGUCGCCCGAAGUUCCGCAUCGAGCUCCCCGGUAACCCGAUUCUCGGUGACGGCAAGUCCGACAACCAGAACCACGCGAUCAUCUUCUACCGCGGCGAAUACAUCCAGCUCAUCGAUGCGAACCAGGACAACUACCUCGAGGAAUGCCUCAAGAUCCGCAACGUCCUCGGCGAGUUCGAAGAGUACGCGGUGUCGAGCCAGAGCCCGUACGCGCAGUGGAGUCAGAAGGAGUUCAGCCGCACUCCAGUCGCCAUUGUCGGUGCGCGCGAGUACAUCUUCUCUGAGAACAUCGGUAUCCUUGGCGACUUGGCUGCUGGUAAGGAGCAGACGUUUGGUACCCUCACAGCACGAUCCCUGGCAUACAUUGGCGGUAAACUGCACUACGGUCACCCCGACUUCCUCAACGCACUCUACAUGACGACGCGCGGUGGUGUCUCGAAGGCACAGAAGGGUCUCCACCUGAACGAGGAUAUCUACGCCGGCAUGAACGCCUUCGGUCGUGGUGGUCGCAUCAAGCACACGGAAUACUACCAGUGCGGCAAGGGGCGUGACCUCGGAUUUGGCACGAUCUUGAACUUCCAGACGAAGAUCGGCACGGGUAUGGGUGAGCAGAUGCUCAGCCGAGAGUACUACUACCUCGGAACGCAGCUGCCGAUUGACCGGUUCCUGACGUUCUACUACGGCCACCCCGGUUUCCAUAUUCACAAUAUGCUCGUCAUUUUGUCGGUGCAGAUCUUCAUUGCGACGAUGGUCUAUCUCGGAACGCUCAAGGGUGAGCUCACGAUCUGCAAGUACACGUCUUCGGGUGCGUUCAUCGGCACACCUGGAUGCUACAACCUCGCCCCGGUGUUCCAGUGGAUCAACAGGUGUAUCAUCAGUAUCUUCCUGGUGUUCUUGAUCGCGUAUCUGCCUCUAUUCUUGCAAGAGCUGGUGGAGCGUGGUACAUGGAAGGCUAUUAUCCGUCUGAGCAAGCACUUCGCAUCUCUUUCGCCUGCAUUCGAGGUCUUCUCGACCCGAAUCUAUUCUCACUCAAUCGCAAGCAACCUGACAUUCGGUGGUGCUCGGUACAUUGCGACGGGUCGUGGAUUCGCGACGACGAGGAUCUCUUUCAGUAUCCUCUACUCGCGUUUCGCUGGGCCUAGUAUCUACCUCGGAAUGCGGCAAUUGGUGAUGCUGCUCUACGUCACGAUCACGCUGUGGACCGGAUGGAUCAUCUACUUCUGGGUCACUGUCCUCGCACUCUGCGUCUCGCCAUUCCUGUUCAACCCGCACCAGUUUUCUGCAGCGGACUUCAUCGUCGACUACCGGGAAUUCUUGCGCUGGAUGAACCGUGGCAACUCUCGUGUUCACCAGAACUCGUGGAUUGGCUAUUGCCGUCUGUCACGGACGAUGAUCACUGGCUACAAGAAGAAGAAACUCGGUCACCCGUCUGAGAAGCUCUCUGGCGAUGUUCCGCGAGCUGGUUGGCGUGCGAUCAUCUUCUCCGAGGUCAUAUUCCCGAUCGUCAUGGCCAUCUUGAUGACUGUCGCGUACAUGUUCGUCAAGUCCUUCAAGAUCGACGGCGUUCAGCCGCCAAGCCCGCUCGUCCGUAUCGCCAUCGUCUCUCUUGGCCCCAUUGUCUGGAACGCGGCUAUUCUGCUGGUGUUGUUCAUGUUCUCGUUGUUCCUCGGCCCGUUGCUCGACACACCGUACCCGAAGUUUGGCUCGUUCAUGGCUUUCCUCGCGCACUCGCUGGGUGUCGUUGGCAUGAUCGGAUUCUUCGAGUUCUUGUGGCUCCUCGAAUCUUGGAAUGUUGCGCAUGCCGUGCUUGGUCUCAUUGCGGUCAUCUACAUUCAGCGCGCGAUUCACAAGGUCCUCAUCUCGGUAUUCCUGUCCCGUGAGUUCAAGCACGACGAGACGAACCGUGCAUGGUGGACGGGCAAGUGGUACGGCCGUGGUCUCGGCGCGCACGCGAUGUCGCAACCGGCCCGCGAGUACAUCGUCAAGAUCAUCGAACUUUCGCUAUGGAGCUCGGACUUCCUCACUGGACACUUCCUACUUCUCCUCUUAACGCCACCGAUCUUGAUGCCCUAUAUUGAUCGUGCCCACUCGACGAUGCUGUUCUGGCUUCGACCAUCGAAGCAGAUUCGCGCUCCUCUGUACUCCAUCAAACAGAAGCGACAGCGUCGCUGGAUCGUGAUCAAGUACGGCUUCAUCUACGUGCUCGCCAUUGCCAUCAUUGCCGCUCUAAUUGCCAUCCCUCUCGUCUUCCGUCAAGAACUCCGUGUAACCUGCACUAUCUGCACGAAGAUUUGAGCGAAAGCGGACGGUUGUGCUUGUAAUUCGCCCCCACUACCACCACGAUCUCACAUAUCAUAGACUGUUGCACCUGUACUGUUUUCUCGCCCACCUGUAUGACACGGACUUGUCGGCGCCGUUUAGGCCUUUGUUUCUUCGUAGUACGGAGAUGGACUUCCCUUAUGCCCGCUUGUGGCGCACCCGCCACCGAUGACCUACGUACCCGCGUACCUACUACUAAAUGUCAUGAACAUUAUAUACAUAGUCUUGCUUCCACCGGA